GCCGCAGCACCAGGGAGUCCGUUUCAGCGGUCGCUACAACCAUGCGCCGUCUUCCUUCUGGCGUUGCCUCCGAGCUCGAAUCCUCGGCUGUUCACUCAUGCUUAUGAUUACGUGGACGCGGGUCUGUGGGCACGAUUUCACUGGCGAGCGACCAGUACCCAGGGAAUGGACGUUUGACACUACUGCCGCGGAGUCUGUACGACGACCAGGUUUCCGAACAUCGGAGAGGCGUGUCCUGGCGAUGUCGUCUGGAGCAUCGCCUUCAGUGCCGUUGGCGUCAGUGUCGGAGAAGCGGAUGACGGUGCUGUGCCCUGAACUUUUUGCAUCAGGUGACACUGUACUACCAGUACUCGUCCAUACAGCGCCUCCUCCCUUCCAGUCUGUUGACAAGGUGAAAAACUGCCGCUCGGUCAUCCGCAGGUUGGUGUUCCACCCUAACGGCAGUGAGUUUUACUACAUUCUUGACGAAAAUUGCUUUUCGAACGACACGUUGCUAAGUAAGAGGAUGUCGUUGCGAAAAGCAGUUCUUGGGCGGAUUCACAGCACGGAUGAUCACCCCGUGCUAAGCUACUGGUGGCGUUUUGCAGAGGGAAGCGGGCCCAGAGAAAAUUCGAGCUUUAUCUGGACGUCUGUCGAUCACGCCAACAUAUCGAUGGAAACGCUCUACAGCCUCGAUGUGACGAAGCUGGGCGACCAUCUUGUCAUGGUGGCACGCUCUGGUAACAAAGAAGCGAAUAUUGUGUCCAUGUCGUUGAGCGAUGGCUACCGGACUUCCGUCCCGGUACCUGCGGUCUGGCCGGAAAGCCUGGCGUUGAAUCCGGAGAAGACACGCCUCUACUUAGCAGACGUAUGUCCGCCUCUUCGGCUUCUCUCAGUAGCAGCAACAGAUUCCGCAUUGCCCGUCGAGCGCGCCGAAUGGACAACGGUGCGGAUUUUCGGAGUCAACAGCGAGCCUAAUAUUUCGCGCGUCAUUUUCACACCGCAAAGUUUCGUAUUUGCCGAAACCUGUUUAUAUUUCAUCGAUGACACGACCGACCGUGUAUGGGGGAUCGACAUAUCGUCGUCUUCCGAUCCCAGGCCUGUAGCCGGAUCGGGGCAGAAAGGAUCCAUCGAUGGAGAUGGCUUCAGCUCUUCUUUUAGGAGCUUAAAGGACGUAGUCACGACACCGGACGGAUGCAACGUCUUCGUCGCCGACUACUACUACGGGCUCAUUCGCUGGCUGAAGCUGGAUUCGCCGUGUAGCACAGCACGCGGUGUAGAAACUGUAGCCAGAUACACAGAAUUGUCUGCAUUGGCGCUCCACCAAUCCGCCGAUGAGUUGAGUCUGUACGUGGGAGCAAGCGACGGCUCCGUGUUCGAGCUCAAAAUCAACAGCUCCAAGCUGCAAACUUGCGCCUCACCUCCCGACAGUCCUCCUAGUUUCUCCUCUCCUCCUUCCAGCAGUGCUGCUGGUUUCUCGUCUCCUCCUCCGCAAGACUCGUUCACCUCCCCCUCCUCCUCCCGCUCCUCCUCCAUCAAGCGUAGGUUAGCACUCGUCAUCGCCCUUCCACUCUCGGCUUCGGCGCUGCUUGGUCUUGGGGCAUGCCUCUACUGCUGGACCUGUCGCCAACGUGACGGGCCUCUAUGGUCCUCGACGAGAAGGACCGGAAGGGCUAACGUGACCGAACCGCCCGAGCUCAGAUCAGGAGUACCCCUGCGGCGUGAGGAAAGAGAUCUUCAUCUGACCCAGGUGAAACAGUUCUCUUUGGCAACCCUAUCGGGCUGCACGGACAAUUUCAGCCAGAGCUACCGUAUCGGCGCUAGCGGGGCGUUCGGUGAUGUGUAUUGGGGUUCGAUCGACGACAAGGAGCUGGCCAUCAAGGUGAUGACGGGCGAUCUGACGGAGGGGAAGAGAAGCAUGUUCGUGAAGGAAGUGAACACGCUGAGCAGACUCCACCACGCUAACCUGAUCGAGCUCGUCGGAUACUGCGACGAGGGAAAUCUCUCAAUUUUGGUGUACCCCUAUUUCCAGGGGGGAAGCCUGGACGCGCGCCUGCACGACAGAGAGAAAGCUGUUCCUGGCGAACCUUGCCUCCCGCCUCUGACACUGGUGGAGCGGAUGUGUGUUGCCUGGCAAAUCGCCAAGGGGCUGAGCUACCUGCACGACGGGGCCAACCCUCCUAUCAUCCAUCGGGACAUCAAGAGCAGCAAUGUGCUUUUGGGCGGCGGUUCUGGGGCGAAUCUGCACGUCGUCGUUGCAGAUUUUGGCAUAGCGACGAUCGGAGACAGAGUCUUGGGCACUGGGCACGACACGGUGGUGAAGACGUCGCACAUGGCGGGGACUUUCGGGUACAUGGCGCCGGAGUACGUGCGCAAUGGAAUCCUGUCGGAGAAGAACGACGUGUACGCUUUCGGCGUGAUUGUACUGGAGCUGCUCACGGGUAGGAAGGCAGUCACGCAGGCACCCUCUGAGUCCAGGUGGCAAACGCUUAUGGAUUGGGCGAAGCCGUUCCUUGGAAGCGAGUCGCUGGCCGCAAAUGUCCUGUACGAGAUUCUGGAUCCUUGCUUGAGGGAUCAGGCAGCGGGAUCGACGUGCGAGGACAUGGUGAAGGAAGCGCUGCAGUUGGCGAGCAAGUGCUUGGUCGUAGACCCUGAGGCGAGGCCAACGAUGAGCGGGUUAGCAGGGAGAAUCGGUGAGAUGUUGGUUGAAGCGAGCAGACAUACGCAGGACAUAAUGAUUAUUUAAGAUUUCCCUGGAGAGUUGGCGAGUUGUAAAAAGUGAAAGGAAGGAGAGCGGGCCGGCUAUGGUGCCUGUCGUCCAUUAGACCGUCUUCUCCUUCUGGCUGCUCUCCUCGUUGGCAGGGAUGGCGGGCUUUCGCGUAGUCAGGCCACCACCCGCCACGUGGCAUUCGUCUGCUGGAACCGAAGGCCGCUGGCAAGGGCCGGGUUGGCCGGAAAUGGAUCGGUGUAGGAGCUUGAUGAUUGACAGCGCCAAGAGAAAACUGAUCGACCAGCGCGCCAACGUCGACAGUAACUUCUUUGGCGUCUGACACUGUUAGUGGGCAAAGCCUGUCAGUGGGAGCGGUGAGUAAAUUGCGCGCGUGAGC